AUGUGCAGAGAUGAUGAAAUGGAGAAGAACCAAAUGAAGACUGAAACAAGAUUUUUUUGCAGGAUUGUUGAAGAUGAAGAUUGUAGCCGUUUUGUUCUUGUGUAUCAUUUGUUGAGCACGGAUCAGAGAUGCAAGAUUGUGAAGAUUGAAGGUUGGGGAGUUGCAGAGAUAGAGGUCCUUUUUGUUAAGCUGGGAUUCAAUUACAAGGUGGUUUUGAAAAUGGUUGGGAGGUUUGGUUUAUAUCAGGGCUAUUGGGAAGCAAAGGCAAAAGGAAAACACCAAGAUGAUAUGAAGUUGGAACAAAGACGCAUAACACGAAGUUUUGGAAGCUUGAAGUUUGAAACAUGA